AUGUAUCAAUCAUUUCUAGAUGUUUUCUGCCCAAAAACAUGUGGAUUGUGUCCCGGAAAUACAACGGUUGCUCCGCCCACUGCUGCGCCGAAUUGUGUGGAUACCAAUAUCAACUGCAAAGCCUGGGUGAAGGAAGGAUACUGUACUGCCUGCUUUGUUGAUUGCUCUGAUCGAGUCAAGAAUUGUGCAAAAUCAUGCGGUUUCUGUGUGGAAGGAUCUUGUCUCAACUAUGACUAUAAAACGUAUGCUGAAAGUCAUGUUCUCAUUCGGAAAACUGCACAAAUGAUUCGUCAUUCACUCUUCCUCAUUUUCUCUGUUUCAUUCCUUCUUUUGGUCUCUUGUGAAUAUUUCGAAGAUACCAAAUGUGAAAACGAUCCAACUGUUGAUUGUGAUUCAUUCAAAGAUGACUGCAAAAACGAUAAAUUGAUCCCGUUGCUCAAGAAAUCGUGCCCGGUUACAUGUAAUUUGUGCCCCAGUACUGUUUCUCCAACAACGUUGGGUCCAUGUGAAGACAGCCCAGGAUCAAAUUGUAGCACCUUCAAAGAUUACUGCGAUAAUGAGAAAUAUAUUCCAAUGUUGAAAGAGUUCUGUCCAGUCACUUGUAAUAUGUGUCCUGGAGCAACAACCGUUUCUCCUCCAACUCCAAAUCCUCAUUGCUAUGAUAAUGAAACAAAAUGUAAAGAAUGGAAAGCAAGAGGCUACUGUACAAACUGCUUCUAUUCAUGUGCUGACAAGAUCAAAAUGUGUGCAAAGACAUGCGGAUUCUGUACAAAAGGAACAUGCGUCGAUUGCAAGAAAUAA